AUGGGAUUUUCGAAAAAGCAUCAAGCAGAUGGAGAUUCUAAAGAAGGAAAUAAAUGGAUGAUUGCUGGAAUCACCUUACGUGCUCCUUUGAAAUCGAUUUCUACGAAGAUCUCCAACAAGGAAGACGAUGAGAACUCCAAAUCUGGUUCAACAACUCCGACCUCUAAUCAAUCGAGGAUACCGGAGGUAUUGCCCUGUCCGCCGCCGCCGAGGAAGCGCCGGCCGGUGUCUACGUGUCAUAACAAUGGAAAUAUGGAGUUUUUUACUUCACCAGAUAUUGAUUCGUUUUUCAAAGAUUUUUAA